AAAGACCUAGAAAUGGUGUUGCCUAAAGGUCAAGAUGACUGGUCCAAAGAAGACAUUGUGAAGUUAUUGGAACGUAUGGAGAAUAACAUCCCAUCCAAUGACAGGCACAUAUUCAAAACAACCCAGUCACAGAUGGACUGGGAAAAAGUAGCUUUUAAAGAUUUUUCUGGGGAAAUGUGCAAACUCAAAUGGUUAGAGGUUUCUUAUGACUUGAGAAAAUUUCGCACUUUGAAAGAAUUAGUCCUGGAAGCAAAGGAAGACGUUAACAAAUCUUACAAACGCAGAAAACACAAGAAGCAUCCUGAUUUACCCAAGAAGCAUCCUGAUUUACCCAAGAAGCCCUUGACGGCUUACCUCCGCUUUUUCAAAGAGAUGCGACCCCAGUACAGCCAAAAACACCCUAAGAUGAGCAAACAGGAGCUGACCAAGGUUCUGUCUGAGGAACACAAGAAGCUUCCAGAGCAGCUGAAGUUGAAAUAUAGUCAAGGUUUCCAGAAGGAGAAACAGGAGUUUGAUGAGAAAACUGCACUAUUCAGAGAACAGCACCCUGAUCUAGUCCAGAACUACAUGAAAUCUGAUGUCCCCAAAGGAAGCCAAACCAAAGCACCAAAGAAGUUUCAGGGAAAUGUGCAAAAAGUGAAGUCUCCCCCAGAAAACAAUUUAUCCAUGAAGAGAAAAUUCCACAGAGAGCCAGAGAAGCCACCUAUGAAUGGAUAUCACAAGUUCCACCAGGAUUUGUGGUCGAGUCGGGAGCUUCAAGUGUUGCCCCUGAGGGAGCGCAUGGUGGAGAUUAGUAGACGCUGGCAGCGUGUCCCACAGAACCAGAAGGAACAUUAUAAGAAGCAGGCUGAGGAGCUGCAGAAACAGUACAAGGUUGACCUUGAUCUCUGGCUCAAGAGUUUGUCUCCUGAAGAAUAUGCCGCUUACAGAGAGGAAACCUAUACUAAGCAUAAGAACAUGAGCAUGACAAGAGGCCCAAACCCCAAGGUUAGAAGGAUGGAUCUGCAGUUCCCAUCAUCAGGGAAUCUUCAAGGAGGGCCUGAACUGGAGCAGGGGCUUCAGGCUCCAGAGAUAGAAUCAUCAAACACUAUUGGAGAACAUUCUCCUGCCUCAGGUAGAUCAGAAGAAAACAAGAAAGGAGAAAGGCAGCAACUCCUCAGACCACAGCAGUGGAGAUGA